AAAUAUAAGGGAAAUGAAGAUGUAAUCCGGACAAGGAUACUUAAAAUCCUAAAUUACAUUAACACAGUGUACAAGCUGCUAAAUAUAUUUGUGACAUUGACUGGCAUGGAAAUCUGGAAUACAGAAGACCAUUUUCAAGUAGUCACAAACAUACAUCAUACACUAGACAGAUUCUCUGAUUGGAGGAAAAAAAAUCUGUUCCCCAGGAAACCCCAUGAUAAUGCUCAAUUUUUGACGAAUGUUGAUUUUGAUGGCAAUGAUGUGGGACUAGCUUACACUAAAGAAAUGUGUGAUGAUAAAUGGUCUGCAGGAGUAAACCAGGAUCACUCUGCAGAUCCUAUUAGGGUUGGUGCAACCAUGGCACAUGAAAUGGGGCACAAUCUAGGAAUGAAUCAUGAUGAAAAUGAAUGCAAAUGCUACCCUAAACCCUGUAUCAUGACACCUUCUUUAAGCGGUGAUACUCCAUACAAGUUCAGCUCUUGCAGUCAUCAGAGCUAUCAGAAUUUCAUUGAAAAUCAAAAGUCACUCUGUAUGAAAAACAAACCACAAAAUUCUGAUAUUUUGAAUGAUCCAGUGUGUGGAAAUCAGUUCACAGAGGCUGGAGAGGAAUGUGACUGUGGCACAGUGGAGGAAUGUACCAACAACUGCUGUGAUGCCACCACCUGCAAACUCAAACAGGGCGUUCAGUGUGCAGAGGGAGAAUGUUGCAAAGAUUGCCAGCUAAAGACUGCAGGAUCUGUGUGUAGACCCACUAAAGAUGAAUGUGACUUGCCAGAUAUGUGUGAUGGAAAAUCUCCUAUGUGUCCCUCUGACCGCUUCCAGGCCAAUGGAGUGCCAUGCUUGAAUAAAGAAGGUUACUGCUACAAUGGAAAAUGUCCCACUCUCCAAGGUCAAUGUAAGAGCUACUGGGGUCCAGGUAACAGACAAUACUUUUGA